AGUUCACUUGGGACGAUGUGAAAGUUGAUAAGCACAGGGAGAACUAUCUUGGUCACAGUAUCAAGGCUCCUGUUGGAAGAUGGCAGAAAGAUCUAUUUGAUUUACUUGAAUUGACUGAUAAGAAGCUGGGAAGUCUGAAGAAAGAUAAUAGACAGACACGCAAAAGAAAAAACUAUUCCUCUGCUUCCUGUUUCUAAGAUGCUUAAAAAGGCUCGAGACAAGAGCAUUGUAGUUAUUUGAACACACGAGUUUUAGCUACUCUAUUGCAAGAUUCACUUUGUUUGUUAGCUACCAUGAUUAUGGUUUCAUCUCUCUGUCCUGAACCUGGGAAAGAUCUUUUCUGGUAUACCAGGGAUAAAAAGUCCCAAAAUGCUGAAAUGGAAGCUGCAAAAGAAGAGAUAAAAAGAAUUAAGGAAGAAGAGGAGCAGGCAAUGAGGGAAGCACUUGGCUUAGCUCCCAAGCGUGCUAAUCGUCCUCAAGGUAAUCGUUUAGAUAAACACGAGUUUUCGGAACUUGUAAAGCGCGGGUCUACAGCAGAGGACUUAGGGGCAGGUCAUGCUGAAGCAGCAAGGGUUCAAGGUCUUGGUUUUUCAAGGGAACCACGCCCUUGGGAAGAACCUGGUUCUUCAAAGCCUUCAAUGGAUGAUGCACCAGCUGAGGUGGAAAAUGUAUCUAUUCCAAAUCAACCAGCAACGAAGACGGAAGAUGGUUCAGAAGAUGAAAGUAGAAGAAAGAGAAGACGAGAGGAGAGGAAGCAGGAGAAACAUGAAAAGCGUGAGAAGAAGCAUUCUCGGGAGGAUAGGAAGCAAGAGAAACGUGAGAAACAUGAGAAACAUGAGAAGCGACAUUCUCGUGAUUCCGAUGACAGGAAGAGGCACAAGAAAGACAAGGAGAGGAGGAGACAUGAUUCAGAUUGAUUUUCUUAUGGGUGUGUGUGUUGUCAUCAUCUAUGUGAAUUAGCAUGUUUAUUUCUAGUUCCAUGACUCAAUAUGGAUGGUGUAUCUUGGUUAUUGACAGUUCUAAAGGCCUGUAUGUUGGCACUAAAAAUCAGGCAUUCGUUAAAUUUGGAAUUUGUGAUGAAUGGAAAUGAAGCCAAUCACUUGUGUUUGUAUAAUAUCACGAGUUCUAGCAUAGCCAAGAAUAAUGUUUCUAUCAUCAUCUCUCUAGAGAUGCAAGUAUGCUCUAAUCUUGGGAGAGAGAAAUCUCUUUGUUUUCUUUA